GGUGGUGGCGGCGCGGGUGCGGGAGAGAGGGCGGCUGGACUGUAUUAAUUGGUGGUGGUCAAUCUUGCCAUUAUUUUUUGGUUGGUGGUGGUCAAUCUUGCCACAAAGAGGGCGACUGGGUUGUUUUGGUUGGUGGGGGUCAGUCUUGUCAUACAGAGAGCGGCUGGAUUGUUUUAAUUGCCACACAUACUCUAGUGACCAGAGUUUUCAUAUCCACGGGACCUUCCUGCACCAAGUAACACCAUGGAGACACAACUACUGAGUUGCGGUGAGAGAGCGAAGUGUUUCUCAAGACGGACCGAGCAUCAUCAGCUGAGCGGGAUGCCCCUCCUCCUCUUCUUUCUCUUCCUCUUACCAGGGGUGUUGGCGGACGAUGACAUCAAUCCAGACAUAUACCUGGAUGUGCCUGGUCUCAUCACCAAGUAUGGCUUCCCAGUGGAGACUCACAUUGUUCAGACAGAGGACGGCUAUCUCCUGACGUUGCACCGCAUCCCCCACAGCCGCAAGGGAGGCAGUGAGGACCAGAACAGGGUGGUGGCCCGGCAGCCCAUCCUAAUGCAACAUGGACUGCUCUCCUCCUCCUCCAGCUGGAUCAUGGGUGCUCCUGAGAAGGCACCUGGUCAGUGCGUACAUCAUGGCAGACGCAGGGUAUGACAUUUGGCUCGGCAAUGCGCGUGGCAACACCUAUUCCCGCAACCACACAAAGCUCAACCCUGAUGGCAGAGAUGGCAAAUUCUGGGACUUCAGCUGGGAUGAAAUGGGUUACUUUGAUGUACCAGCCAUGAUAGACUACAUCCUGAACAGGACUGGUCACACUAGCCUCUAUUAUAUUGGCCACAGCAUGG